GGGGAAGCUGGUGGGGGACUGGCUGGCGUUGGCUGCGGGUUUGCGGGGCUUCGACUUCGCCUGCAGCGGCGCUGCUCAACUUUUUGCUUCUUUUUGCAUUUCGCCUUUAAAUUCAAAUCCAGUUAAUCCUUUUGACGGAAGCAGAGACGACCUCCAGUGCUUGCUUGACGCCGCGAGCGGCCUCGCGAGCGAAGGCUGGGAAGCUGCGAGCCGGCGGGCCUAUUCGCUUAUACGCUCUUUUAGGGUUUAUGAGCCAAACCCUCGUUUCCUGUUUUCGAGGGUUUUGGCGUUCAACAAGGAAAUCGAGGGUUUGCUGCAGCUGCUGGAGGAGCAGCAGCCAAAACCCCAGCAGCGCAACGAAGGCUCCACUUUGCUCUCUUCUUCUGUUUCUUUAAAAGCUUUCAAGAGAGCAAAAGCUGCCAACCAGUUGGAGGCCCUUCUCGCAGACGCCAAGUACUGCAAAA